GGUAGAAGCUGCUAAACAUCCGGCUACCGGCGUCUCGGCGAGUUGGCGACUUGGCUUCUCCCUUCUCGGCAAACAAGGUGUUUGGACUUCGGAGUGUUUGGCACGGUCAAAAGCUACCAUCAAAAUAUGUUUAUCUGUGUGAAAAACUGUUGUUAGUCAAUGAGAUGUGCUUCUCCAUUAUUCUUAACCGUGCAUCUGCUGGUCCUGGAAGCAAGGACUACAGAGCGCAUGAAUGUAAGGUGGAACGAAGAAAUUGCAUUAAAUCUCAGUUCUCACUCUAUAUGUCUUAGUCUCCCACUCUAAACAACCCAGCGAAAAUGCUUGCCCCUUGACAAAUUCUCAAGUAAAUUUAUUUAUUUAUUGUAUCCUUGAAAGCUCAAAAUGAGUACCUCAAGAGAAGAAUCUCCAGAUUGGCUUCGUUCUUUCAAGGCACCUACUCCUUUAGCAUUAUCGUCGGAUUCAGAGUCCCCUUCAAAUGAUAGUCCUAUUAGUGAUGAUGAGGACGGAAUGAGUCUCGGGAAAUUGUUCUCCAAAGAUAAAUCCAAUACAAUUGAGACUAAAAACAAUUUGGAUGGGAAUGACUUGUUGAUUUACACGCCUUCUAGAGAAAAGUCUCCUGCUAAGAAGGCAAGAGUGGAGCAUACACCAGGUGGAAAGAGGAAGAGAGAAAGUCAGCCUGAAAAUGAAGGAAAAGAUGAUGAUGAUUUCAAGGUCUUUUCUAAGAGAAAAGCUACAGAGAAGUUUAUUUCACAUGAGGAACCUAUAUAUUCAGUCUGGAGUCUCUCAUCUGACUCCAAGUCUUAUCCUGAUACCAGUCCUAUAAGAAAGGGCCAUAUCCUUGAUAAAGACUUACUUGCACAUAAUGAAGCUCAAGACAUGAAAUCUAAAGGAACAAAAGAUCCAGAUUUCCUUGACAGUGAUGGAGAACCUGUCUCCACCGAGGAUCUGAAGAUGAAAUCUCCGAAAAAACAAUCUGAAAAAGACAACCACACACCAAAAAAGAGGAAGAAAGUAGAAAAGACUACAAAUGAGGAUGCAGAGAAUAAAGCUAAUGCUGAUGUCCUAGAGGAAGAUAUUCCAGAGAAGCAUAAUGGAACACAUGUUUCAUAUUCAAGACUCCCUUUGUUACUUCCUGAGAAAGUGCAAAGGUUAAAGGCACUUGUGGAGUGUGAUGGUGAUUCCAUAGAUUUGAGUGGUGAUGUGGGUGCUGUUGGGCGGGUUGUAAUCUCAGAUAAUCCAUCUGGAAGCAACGAAAUGCUUUUGGAUCUAAAAGGAACCAUAUACAAAACGACAAUAGUUCCUUCCAUGCCAUUCUGUGUGGUAAGCUUUGGUCCAUCAGAAGCAAAGAUUGACGCCAUCAUGAAUGAAUUAAUCCAAUUGACACCACAAUCAAAUGUUUAUGAAGCUGAAACAAUGGUUGAAGGGACUCUUGAUGGAUUUUCGUUUGAUUCGGAAGAGGAGGCUGACAAUUUGCCCAAAAAGGCUGUUGAAGGCAAUCAAAAUGAAGCCAUUGAGGAUGAAACAAAUGGAAAAACAGAACGAAAAGCUAAAAAAUCAUUAGGGGCUGAGCAAAAGAAGGGCAAAAUUGGAGGGGGCAAGCAACCAAAGAAAGCAAAAAAGAAAGCCCAAGUCACAAAGAAAAACAAGAAAAAAUGAGAAGGUGGGGUUUCUAAGACUUUUGUACCCGAAUCCUUUGCUUGACCAAGAUUUGCAAGAAAGUCAGCAUAUUUAUUGUCUUCUCUCAUCACAUGUGUGAACUUCAUGGUAAUUGGUAAAGUCAUUAACCUUGUAGUUCUUGCUCAUCACCUUAAUCACGGAGUGCAGUUCCACAAUUAUGAGUGCCAAUAUGUUCAUGGAUUAAAAUCAUUAUGAAUACUUUUUAUUAUGAAUGCUAAUAUGUUCAUGGAUUAAUUUAAUAUA